GACAGUUGUCGCUCGGUCGCUCUCAAGGAGUCAUCUCAGUUUCGUUGGUUCCUAAAGGACUUUUUUUUUUAAUAAAAGAGAAUAAAGGAUUCUUUUAAAUAAAACAAUUUUCGGAGGCAUCUCAAAGGACUCGACAAAAUUAUUAAAUAAUAUUUUACACAUUUUCAAGUACUUGUCAAAAGUCUCUUAGGAAGCUGUCAACAAGACUAGAGAGAAUUUAUUAAUCAAUUGCACGUGUUAGUUCCAGAUUUCGAGAUGGUGAAUCUGAAGAAUGCCUUGGGUGCUGAUGAGCUUACCGAUAAGAAGGUCGGUCUUCCUCGUGCUCUUCUGGCAGAAUUUUUAGGCACCUUAUUACUGAACUUCUUCGGCUGCGGUGCCGUGGUGACCGGAGAUGUUGCCGCCAUCAGCCUGGCCUUCGGUUUGACGGUAGCGUGCGCAAUUCAAGGGAUAGGACACGUCUCCGGAGGUCAUGUCAAUCCAGCGGUCACGCUCGGUCUCGUCGUCAUUGGGAAGGUUCCAAUUAUUAGAGGCGUUUUGUAUGUUGUGGCGCAAUGCGCGGGCGCUAUCGCAGGUUCAGCGAUUCUAAGGGCUCUUUCGAAUGACAAACUGGAGGAAUUUCUAGGCGUGGUGAAGCUUGCUGAAGGGAUCACUCCAGUGCAAGGAUUCGGCGUGGAAUUCUUCCUUGCGUUGAUCUUGGUGUUAGUAGUUUGCGGGGUAUGCGAUGCCGCUAAACCGGACAACAAGGCCAUCACGCCCCUCAUAAUCGGUGUGGCGGUCACUGUUGGUCAUCUCGUCGGAGUACCGCGAACGGGUGCAGGGAUGAAUCCGGCACGUUCGCUGGGCAGCGCCGUGGUGAUGGGCGCUUUCAAAGAUCACUGGGUGUAUUGGGUGGGUCCGAUUAUGGGCGGUAUGGCCGGUGCACUCCUCUACGUGCAUGCUAUCGGACCCGCCAAGCAACCGGAAGCACCCACCAGGACCUAUGCCUCCGUCUCCACCGAGGAAAAGGAGCUCCAGACUCUUACCAACAGGAAAAACAUCAAUCCCGCUUGAUGCUUUAACCAACUCUAACCAUCUUCUUCUGCCAACUCGCCAAUCGCCUGUCUAUGUGAUAAGAACUAUCAGACGACUCUUUUAUAUAUAUAAUAUAAAAACCGCAGGUGUAUGUUUCAAAACUGAAAUUAAUGAAAUUACACAGCUUACUGACAGAGUGGUUUUAGAACGUGAUCGUGACAUCGAUUUUUAUUUAACAUUGAAGAUAUAUAUAGGACCAUUUAAAGACAUAAAUAUCCAUAUUUCAAUCAAUUUUGAAAUAAAAUGUAUAAUUUUUAUGAUACAAUUAAAUAUAAUUAAAAUUUUUUAAAAGUUCAACACAAAAAGUAUUAAUGUAACUUUAAAAGCUUUUGAUGUUAAAUAAUUUGAAAAAUCAAUCAAAUAUAAUCACAAGAAGCAUUAAAUGCAGCUAAAUUAAUUAAAUCGAAAAUGGAUUUCUCAAGAAAAUUUCUUUAUAAAAUAUUGGAGCGAUAAGAAAAUCUAUCUUUGUCUAUAAUUUUGUGCCAAUUUAUCACAAUAUUCUUCAUUGCAUAAACUGAACUUUCAAAAAUUUAAUUAUACGACAUUCUCAUAUAAACUAUCCUAUAAUCGCGAAAGAUAAGAAUGUGAAGAAAGCCAAAGAGAUCGUUACAAAAUAUUUCACUUGCCGAUAUCUCAUACUGAUAUCUACAUUGGGUGACAUAGUCAUUUAUUGCACAAGAUUGCAUUUUGAUAACACCACUGAUAAUCGACCGACCUAACUUUCGGCUAAAUUUUCCUACAUUUCAAUCAAUCAAUCACUUGAAAAAUCAUGCAAUUUGCUUAAAUCCACG